GCUUGGAAUUACCAGAGUUUCAGCCUUAGAACUCUGCGUUUGCUCAUUUUUCUCUUCAGAGAUCCCCGAGAAUCUUCGUCUAUAAUUGGACCGAAAGAGUUUGAAGCUAUUUGGAGGUGCCUUGGGCAAUGGCGGGCAAUUUUUGAAAGAUUUGAUCGAGAUAGGAGUGGGAAAAUCGAUGCUAUGGAAUUGAGGGAUGCCCUACAUAGUCUUGGAUAUGCAGUGCCACCUUCUGUUCUGCAAGUCCUGAUUUCUCGAUACGAUAAUGGCAGCAGGCGCCCGGCAGAGCUAAGUUUCGACAGCUUUAUCGAAUGUGGGAUGAUUGUAAAGGGUUUGACGGAGAAAUUCAAGGAGAAAGACAAGCAUUACACGGGAUCAGCGAUGCUAACGUACGAGACAUUCAUGUGCAUGAUCAUCCCUUUCCUCGUCGCAGAUUAGUAUCUCCAUCUUUCCACUAUAUAUUCUCUUGAUUUUGUUUUGCUUAGUUUUUUCUAGAGCUUUGUACAUGUAUAACAAGGAGCAAAGCUAAUGGAUUAUUUUUCUUGGUGUGUUUGGAACAGAAA